UUACGUAGAGUCGUUCAAUAUCUCAAUAUUCACAUUAGCGAGCGCUAUCGUUGUUAGGAGGAUAACAUGUAUUACAGAAACAGAUAGUCGCUUUUCAGACCUGCUCAUUUUAACGCUAUUUUUGUCGUUAUUUACACACCUACCAUUUGGACGAAAAUGACCGAUUUGACAGAACCCCUGACCAAAGAGGGCUGGUACCUCAGUGAUGAAGGCAUAGCAGAACUGAAAGGAUCGACUGAGAAAAUAACAUACAGUGACAUUAUCCGUAUUGCACUUGAUAGUGACCUCAGGCCUAUUGGGAGAAAAAUUCUACCAUCUGAUAUCAACAGUGGACGAACUGAAAAGUUGGAAGGUCCAUGUGUUCUUCAGGUGCAGAAGGUGAGAAAUGUCUCAGCUCCCAAAGACCAUGAGGAGUCCCAGGGCGCGCCGCGAAUGUUGCGCCUACAAAUGACAGAUGGGCAUACCACCUGUGUUGGAUUGGAGUUUAAACACCUGUCCAAGAUCAGUCUUAAUACCCCCCCUGGAACAAAGGUAAAGCUCCUUGGUACAGUCCAGGUUAAAAAUGGUCUUUUGCUGCUAGAUGACUCAAAAAUCGCUGUCCUUGGGGGAGAGGUUGAUCACAUGGUGGAGAAAUGGGAGCUACAAAGGAGUCUGGCCAAACACAGCAGGAGUAACAUUGGAGCAGAAGGGGGACCUCCUCCAUUUGUGCCAUUUGGUCAGAAGUGUGCGAGGAAGGAUGAUGUAGACAGCAGAGAACUGGACCAGAGGAAGACCCUCCAGUCUCAAAACGUUGCUAAAAGCACUGACGAGAAUGAUGAGUUUGAAAAGCAGCGAACAGCAGCUAUUGCUGAAGUGGCCAAGACCAAAGAGGGUCCGCGUACGUUUGGUGGUGGAGGAAAUGCAGGAGGUAAUUUAUCCACUACUGCUUCGUCCUUCCGGAGCCGAGACUCAUACCAGCAGAGGAGACGAGAAGACCGGGUCGAAAGAACUGAAAGCAGACAAGACGGGAACUACCGAGAGCUGGUCGACGAACGUGCCCUGAGAGACAUCAUGGAAAUGGGCUUUAACAGGGAGGCUGCUCGGCAGGCUCUAAUGGAUAAUAACAACAACCUUGAAGUGGCACUAAACAGCUUACUUACUGGAUCUUCUGGUAGCAGACCUGGCCCUGUGGUAGCUGAAUCAAACAAGCCCCCACCUAGAGCCAGAGGAAGAGGAAGAGGCAGGUCCAGAAAUGAAGAUGAGGAGGAGGGAGCAGGAGGAAGGCCAUCUGGACCAAGCACUCUUUUUGACUUUCUUGAAUCCAAGAUGGGAGUUUUCUCCAUUGAUGAGCCAAAGAGUCAGGCACCUCAGAGACACCAUGAGAAUAGAGUGAAUUUCUCCAACUCAGACUAUUACUCCAAAGACACUUCUCAGAACAAGUUCUCCUCGCAUAAUGACCACAGGCAACAACGGAAUGACAGACCACCUCGCUUCCACAAGGACUUUGAUUUUCCCAAACCCGGCCAGGAGCCUCUCUCUAACUGUACAACCUCCCAAACAUCAGCUCAAGCCCAGCAGUGGAAGAGCCAGGAGAGAUGGUCACGAGGCACAUCAGACAGAUUGCCAAGUGACAAGAGAGAGAUGAGAGAUGAGCAGAUUUUCCCUCCAUCCUUCCCGACUACUUUCACACAUUCAAAAGAGCCUCAGCAGCAGAUGGAGUUUAGUGGAUCGUACCACCAACGGUCCAGAAAUGGAGAUGGUGGUGGGAGCAUGGCUGGACCGUCUAACAGGAGAGGGGUAAGAGACAGUGUUCCUAAACUGACCGAUUCUGGAGGAAGUGAACCAAAUGGAAGAGGAAAUAGUAAACGUACAGACAGAACUGAAGAACCCACAAACAGCAGGAGGAAGGGGAAACCUGACCGGCCAAACUCAGACCACUUUGAUCGACAAAGGGAUGGUGGGCCACCAAACUUUAACGUCAGGGGAGGAAGUGCAUCCCAAGAAGUGGGGUUAUCACGGGAUAUUCAAAUCACGACGGGGGAUCCUUCUCAUUUCCAAAACGGAGAUAUGGAACACAAAAGAACUGGGCCGAUCAAGCCGACAAACUCAUCGUGUCCCCCCAACAGGGAGCCGCCCCCCAAGAAAAACACUUCUAAUAACUCUGGGCCUAAAAGACGGUCAGGACAAGGCAGAGGUCAAGGCCCUCGUGGACCAGAGAAAAGUCACUUUAUGGAGCACACUUGGAAACCUGGAGACCAGUGCCUGGCUCUGUACUGGGAAGACAGCAAGUUCUACCAUGCCAGAAUAGAUGCUGUGCAUCCAUCAGGCUCCACGGCUGUGGUUGUAUUUAGUGACUAUGGAAACUGCGAAGAGGUCCUGCUGCAUAACAUCAAACCUGUUUCUGCUGAUGUUUUGGAGGAAGAUGACGGUUACUACGACAAUUCACUAGAGUUUCGCCGUGGGGGAGAUGGACAGCCUCGACGCACGAGACCCACACAGCAGUAUUACCAGCCACCCAGGGCACGAGAUUGAUUUGUCUGCAUUUACACUGGCAGAGAUUAUGUCACUUUCUGCAACAAUCCAGAGUGCUUCCUGAAUUUUUAAGUGUCCACAUCAUCAGGACAUACAGAACUUUUCAAAGGGCUUGGACAUAAUGCAAAAAUAAAAUGAAAAACUUACAUGAGCACCUGUUGAUUUUGUUCAGGGCAUAUUAAUGUGUAUGUUAUGAAGAUUUGUUAAAUGGAUGCAUUAAAAUAAACAAUUAUUAUAGUAUGUAGCGGAUUUGUUGUUUUAAUGUGUUUUAUUUUUGAUUAUCACAUUCGAAUGCUGAAUAAACAAAUCCAGAGCAGAUGUAGAAA